AUGACAACUCCGACGAGCUUCAAACCCGACAUGCCGGGCAAGCUGAGGAAACUUAUGAAACAAAAGGACUGCAUCAUCUGCCCCGGUGUCUUCGACGGCAUCUCCGCGCACGUCGCGAACAACGCGGGCUUCGAUUGUCUCUACCUCGCCGGCAGCGGUGCCUCCGGGUCCGUCAUCGGCGAGCCCGAUCUCUCCGUCAUCACCGGCACCGAGCUCGCCAACACCGCGCGCGUCAUCACGGAAAUCAGCGACGUCCCCGUCAUCGCGGACGCGGACACGGGGUUCGGCGGGCCACUGAACGUUGCGCGGACGAUUGCGCUGUACGAGAGCGCGGGCGUCGCAGGGUGCCACAUCGAAGACCAGACGUUCCCGAAGCGGUGCGGCCAGCUGAACGGCAAGGACGUCGUGGACAUGGAGACGUACCUUGAGAGGAUCGUCUCCGCGGUGAAGGCGCGUAGGAAUCCUGACUUCCUGAUUAUCGCGCGGACGGAUGCGAGGAACGCAGCGCAGUUUGGUGGGGGUGAUGCUGGCGAGGAGGCUUUCGAGGAAGGCGUCAAGAGAUUGAAGGCAGCCUUGAAGGCUGGCGCCGACGUUGCGUUCAUGGAAAGCCCACGGACGAUGGAGGAAGGUGCACGGCUCGUGAAAGCCCUCGCGCCGCACCCUGUCAUGAUCAACGUCCUUCCGAACGGCCUCACGGGCAACUACAAGGUGGAAGACUGCAAGCGUCUAGGAUUCAAGCUCGCCAUAUACCCGUGCACUGGCUUCAUCCCCGCGACCAUCGCGAUGGAGAGGUCGUACGCGGCGCUGCGAGACAAGGGCACGGACUUGGACAAUUGCGAGGGCUGGCAGAUCAAGGACUUCUUCGAGCGUGUCGGUUUGAAGCCAUCGUUCGACUUCGAUCGUGCAAUCGCCGAGAGUGUGAGGCAAGACGUGAAACCGAGCAGAUACGAAGAGAUGUCUGGGCACGACCUGUUCUGA